UUGAAACUUCAACAGAACAAGUCUCGUCUUUCGUCUACUUGAAACGACUCCUUCUUCGUGCGUUGUCUGUCCACUUUCCGAUUUAUUUUUGUCGGCUGCCCCAAUUGUUUUUUCUUUUUCAAACCUAAAACCCAUCCGUCGGCAAAGUUGUUGUUAGCAGUUCACCACCGCCGCAUCCCAGCAUGAAUUCCAGGUUAAGCCUGAUGUUAUUGGCCGUGAUGUGCCUGUCGGUUCAAGCCCAGUACCCUCGACCGCCGCCGCCACCGUAUGGCCGACCGGAUCACCACCGCUACGGGCCGCCGCCGCCACCGCCUCCAUACGCUCACCAUCCGUACCACCACGGCGAGAAUCCAUUAGAAGCGCCAGAGCAAGAAACUUAUCAAGCGGAAUGCGCCCUGGUGGUUCCCGGAUUACCGGGCAAAUCUGCGGCUAUCGAUCGCUAUGCAAAUUUGAAAUACGUGGCCGACGAAACUUGCAUCACGUACGAGGCCGUCGAUGCGGCCUUCAGCGCGGCCAAGAGCAAACUGCGUCUGCCCAGCACCAAGAGCAAGACGCUGACCGAGCGCGAUAUCGACCAGCUGGGCAAAGUCAUCGUCGAAACCACCCGCAUCUUGGCCAAUCAAUACGGCCUGCCAGCUGACGUGAUUUCCAACGGUCUUCCUUUGAUCGAUACAAGCAAGACAGCCAUCGAUCAGUUCUGUCCGUCUUUUCUCAAGAAAGAAGAGUCCAAAUGUACGGCGCAGCGCUACCGGCAAUACAACGGAUUGUGCAACAACCUGGAGCAUCCCUACUGGGGCGCCGCUUUGACCGCCUUCCGACGCAUGAUUCCCGCAGACUACGCCGACGGCAUCAGCUUACCGCGAGUCUCGGCCAAAGGCAAGGACCUGCCGACGACUCGUCACAUUUCGGCCGUCCACCACCACGACAUGGGCUACCACGAUCACGCAGUCACCGUUUUCCUCAUCUCAUGGGGUCAGGCCAUCGAUCACGACAUGACAUUCACGGCCGACACUAAAGAUCCCGUGACGGACACGGACCCGCUCUGCUGCGACGUCCCCGAGAGCAAACGCAACGAAGAAUGCUACCCGGUAGAGAUCCCGUCCGGCGACCCCUUCUACGCCCUCUUCCGUCGCCGCUGCAUGGAGUUUGUCCGCUCGGCUUCCUCUCUCAAAGGCGAAUGCAAAUUAGGUCCGCGGUCGCACUUGAAUUUGAUUUCCAGCGUUUUGGACGCCAAUUGGAUCUACGGGACGGACAAAGAGACGGCCGACAAUUUGAGGACGUUCAAGGGCGGCCUACUCAAGAGCACGCCCAUGUUCCGCCAACACGGACUCAAGGACUUGCUGCCACUAAAACUCGACAAUCCAGACGAUGGAUGCAUCCGAGCCACUCCAGACACCUAUUGCUUCAUGGCUGGCGAUCCUCGUGUCAACGAGCAAUUGGUCCUCUCCGUCACGCACACGCUCCUCAUGCGAGAGCACAACCGCAUCGCUGAAGAGCUAUCGGCCAUCAAUCCACACUGGGAGGACGAAAUCAUCUAUCAAGAAACGCGUCACAUCAUGGCCGCCCUCAUCCAGCAAAUCACCUACAACGAAUUUCUGCCCAUGGUCCUCGGCAAGGAUUUGAUGGAGUCCAACAAAUUGAUCCUGGAGCGCGACGGCUACUGGAACGGCUACGACGACAAGGUCGAUCCUUCGCUGCCGGCCUCUUUCGGAGCGGCGGCUUUCCGCUUCGGCCACUCGCUCCUGCCGUCGGCCGUCGAGCGCUGGAGCACCACCCACAAGUACAUCGGCGCCCAGCGACUCAGCCAAAUGUUGCGCCAGCCCUACGACCUCUACAAGGGCGGCUACUGCGACCAGUACAUCAGCGGAUUGAUGAAUCAAGUCUCGCAGGCCAUGGACGGAUCCAUGUCGCAGGAAGUGACCAACCACUUGUUCCAGGACUCGGGCAAGAACUGGGGACUCGAUCUGGCCGCACUCAACAUGCAACGCGGCAGAGAUCACGGCAUCCCGUCCUACAACGCCUUCAGAGAACGCUGCGGGUUGAAGAAGGCCGACAGCUGGAGGGACUUGGCCGACGCCUUCACCAACGACACGCUGAAACAUUUCACUUCCAUUUACGACUCGCCCGAUGAUAUCGACUUGUGGACGGCCGGAGUGUCGGAGCGGCCCCUGACUGGCAGCAUGGUCGGACCCGUUUUCGGAUGCAUCAUCGGCGAAUCCUUUCGAGAUUUGAGGGCCGGCGAUCGAUUCUGGCACGAGAACCCUAACCAGCCCAGCUCGUUCACUCUCGAACAAUUGCAAGAGAUCCGCAAAGUGCGACUGGCCCGGAUCGUUUGCGACAACAGCGACGACAUUGAAUCGGCCCAAGUUUACGUCAUGGUCUUGCCCGACCCAGAAAUCAAUCCGCGAGUGUCGUGCAAGAGUUCCGUCCUGCCCCGGAUGGAUCUCACCAAGUGGAAGGACAAGGAGACGGCCAAAUAUCCAGCAGCGAUUCCUGCUCCUCCAUCGGCUUCAUCCCCUUACGCUGGACGUCCACCACACCACCGCCCGGAUUACAACAGGAGGCCGCCACCUCCUCCGCCAGGUCACCACUUGGGAUACCGUCCAUACGAAUCCAAUCCCUAAAUGAAAAAUAAGUAAAAGAUAAUUAUUUCUAUUUUCAAAAGAAAAGAAAACAUAGCAAAAAAAAAAAAAUACGAUACAGAUUUUAUUUGAAUGCAAACAGAAAUUUGAAUGCAAAUUUUAUAAUAUAAUGACAAAUCGACUUUCUCUCUAUCCCUUUAUAAGAUAAAUGAUAUUAUUUUACAGGCGCCUCCUUAUAAAUGCAUUCGCCCAUGUGUGUAUCAAAAAUCAAAGAAUAUGUUUUUAUCACACGCAACAAUGGCAAGAAGAGAAAGAAAUCUAAAAAGAAAUAUUAUUUAUUGAUGAUGUGAAAAGUAUUGCAAUUCCAGUUUGUCUCCCCUCCCAAAGAUUUCGAGUGCGCAUGUUUUCCUUCCCGUUUCAUUGGACCAGCAAAAUAAAAACUUUGAUUUCACAAAAAAUAUUUAGUUUUCCAAGAUCCUUUCUAUAUAUCCACAGCUCUAUCCCCCUCUUUCCCGCACAUUUACGUAUAUUAUUCCGACUCCCUUUUUAUCCGGCUGUCGCCCAUUUUGUGUAUCCAGAAGGAAAAAGAGAAAUACAACAAAUAUUGAAAAACUU